AUGCCGUGGCCGCCACUCCAGGAACGUCUGUUCAAUCUGCUGGAACCGGGCUUCCUGCUCUACCACAGCGCCCUUGCCUUCAUCACCACCGCCUUUCAGUUCUAUAUCCUGCAGUGCAACCUGCCAUCGACAUCCAAUUUCAAGAACGUGCGGGAUGAUGCGUUCUCCAAGUUCUGGACCAAAAAUACACAACCCGUCGAUCCUCCUGCUCCUCCCACGGGCUCGGCGACGCUCGUCCCGCCCCUACUAUCCCGUGCACGCGGGGUGGUUCUGGACAUCGGACCCGGGUCUGGAUCGUACGUAUCGUUGUUUGCCGACAACGCCAACAUCAGCGCCGUGUACGGGGCAGAGCCGACACCCGGUCUGCACCGCCCGCUGCAGCAGCGGGUCAACGAGGCCAAAUUGAGCGGCAAAUACCACAUCCUCAACAGCAGCGCCGACAAGGCCGAGCUGCUGGCGGCGCUGGCCAAGGAGGGCGUCAAACCGUCGCCCCAGGGCCUCUUCGACACGAUCGUGUGCGUGCGGGUGCUGUGCUCCGUGCCCAACCUGGAGCGGGCUGCUGAAGAACUGUACUCGCUGCUGCGACCCGGCGGCGAGCUGAUGAUCGUCGAGCACAUCCGCAAUCCCUGGACGAAGAACGGCAGCGUCCUGGGCCGCCUAAUGCAGCGCCUCUACCACCUCCUGGGCUGGCAGUUCUUUCUCGCCGGCUGCAACAUGGACCGUGACACGCCCGCCAUAGUGAGGAAGGCCGGCGCGUGGGAGGCCGUCGACGUCAAGACCUAUUACGAGUGGACCGCCCUGCCGUAUGCCGCGGGGACGUUUACGAAAAAGAGAUAG